AUGGAUAGGAGUAAGCCAUCUUCACAGUCUAAUGGCAGGGAUACUUUCUUAUCCCGAGUCUUUGGACUUCAGUCUGACGAUGUAACAACAUCAAUUCAUACUGAUGAGUUGAGUCAAUUUCGUGAACAAGAUGUGCAUGGUGAUAGUCAGUUAUCAGCAGUACGUACAGGUGUGGAAUCUGCAAGUUCAGGAGAGGACGAAGAAGGGGUAAGAGUUCCAGAAUCUGAUCAAGGAACCACCUCAGAAGAGGAUGAAAUGGUGGAACAAGGGGGAGUAAUAGUACCAGAAGAGGAACCAACCACGGAAGAUGUAGAUUUGAAUGAUGGCUCUGUGAUGCCCAGUUUCCAACGUAGAAAAACUGAUGAUUCUAUGCCGAAAGUGGGACAGUUGUCUAGUGAGGAGGAACAAGAUGGUGGCUCUGAUGCAAUAGAUGAUGAAGAUGAGGAUGAAGCUGAUGAAGAUAGACCGCUGUUCAGUAAGAGUGCAUUUACGAAUCCUAAGCAAAAUCGACAACCAUCACACCAAAACCAUUCUUUAUUGUUUCAGAGAAUUUUGAAACAUAAUAAACAGAAAGAUCAACAACAGAAAUUAUUCACUUCUUCAAAGGAUACCAAUAACCGUCGUAUACCUAGAGAUUUAGAAGCGCAAAAUGGAAAUAGCCGUCCUGGUCGUGGUAGUAAUGGUGGUGAUGGUGGGGUGCAUAACAGUUUUAUAUCAAGGGGCAAUCAAUUGGGUAAAAAAAUAUUCAACACAGGUGGCUUCAAUUUGAAAAGGCCCAACAUUCUGAAUAACAUCUCUGUUCUGAACAAUACUCCUGUAAAUAGACUACAUUCCUUGAGUCCUAAGGAAAGAGCACUGUGGAAAUGGGCUAAUGUGGAAAAUUUAGAUAUCUUUUUGCAAGAUGUUUACAGCUAUUAUUUGGGCAGUGGAUACUUUUGUAUGGUUCUGCUUAAAGUUUUAAACUUGGCUACCCUAACCUUCGUCGUUUUAAUUUCCACCUACAUGGGGUAUUGUAUCGAUUAUUCGAAAGUUCCUCAGAGUCAUACUUUUUCGGAAAUUACCAUUGAUAGGUGCUAUAAGAAUAAUAUUACAGGCUUUACGAAAUUUUUAUUGUGGAUUUUCUACAUAUUUGUGGUACUUAAAGUGGCUCAAUUGUAUUUUGACAUUCAGAAUUUGAAUGAAAUUCAUAAUUUCUACACUUAUUUGUUAAACAUAUCAGAUAAGGAACUACAAUCUAUACCCUGGCAAAAUGUUAUUCAACAAAUUAUGUUUUUAAAGGAUCAAAAUGCAUUAACCGCUAACGUGGUGGAGGUUAAGGCCAAAAACAGAAUUGAUGCUCAUGAUGUGGCCAACAGGAUUAUGAGAAAGGAAAACUAUUUGAUUGCCCUAUACAACAACGAUGUUUUAGACUUAUCACUUCCGAUCCCACUUUACAGAACUAGCCCCUUAACUAAAACUUUAGAAUGGAACAUUAACCUGUGUAUUAUGGGGUAUGCCUUUAAUGAGAGUGGAUUCCUUAAGCAAAGUUUUUUGAAACCUUCUCAACAUGAGUAUGUGAAAGAGGAAUUGCAAAAGAGGUUCAUGCUGGCAGGAUUUCUCAAUAUCAUUUUAUCUCCUUUCCUCGUAUCAUAUUUUGUGUUACUGUACUUCUUCCGAUAUUUCAACGAAUACAAGACUUCGCCAGGAUCCUUGGGAGCCCGUCAAUAUACCCCAAUGGCGGAAUGGAAGUUUAGAGAAUAUAAUGAACUAUACCAUCUUUUUCAAAAGAGAAUUGGAUUGAGUACUUUCCUUGCUGAUCGUUAUAUUGAUCAGUUCCCGAAAGAAGGUGUUAAUUUAAUGCUCAGAUUUGUUGCAUUCGUGACGGGAUCCUUUGUGGCUAUUUUGGGUAUAUUCACCAUUUUAGAUCCUGAAAAUUUCUUAAAUUUUGAGAUUACCCAUGAUAAGACUGCUCUCUUUUAUAUCACAGUUCUCGGUACAAUUUGGACAGUCUGUCGAAGUUCGAUUUCGGAUGAGUAUAACGUCUUUGAUCCAGAUGAAACCAUUCAAGAUUUGGCUGCUUAUACACACUAUCUACCAGUAGAAUGGGAAGGCAGAUAUCAUACUGAAGAGGUGAAAAACGAAUUCUGCAAACUUUACAAUUUGAAGAUCAUAAUUCUCUUGAGGGAAUUGGCAAGUUUGAUUAUGACACCCUUUAUCCUCUGGUUCUCUCUGCCCCGAUCUGCGGACAGAAUUGUAGAAUUCUUUCGUGAUAAUUCUGUGUAUGUGGAUGGUCUCGGUUAUGUGUGCAAAUAUGCAAUGUUUGAAAUUAACGAUUCGACGGAUACGAAGACUCGUCAUCGUAAGGAGAGUAGAAGGGGCAGUAGGAAUACUAGAAGUUCGACAAAGAUUUCUGAUUUGCCCGGCGGUAGAAGACCAAGUUAUCAAGACGAUGGUAGCGGUGGCGCAUUUGGGUCUGAUGAAAGUGAAGUUGAGGACGAAGAUAGAGAAUUAGCCGUGAACAAAAUGAUGCAAUCUUACAUGUAUUUUAUGGAUGAUUAUGAAAACAGUGAAAAUGCUCUGGGAAAACAUCAAUUACCUCAUAAAAAAUAUGAAGAAUCUACAGACGGUGUUCGUAAUUUGAGUAAUAGUUACUCUUGGAAGAAACAAUUUAAGCCAGGGCAAAGGCCUGAAUUGUUUAGAAUUGGAAGACAUGCUCUAGAAGUGAAUAAGCCGCUAAGAGGAAAUGCGAGGAGAAGAAGUGAUACCUCUGCACGUAGGAGAAAGAAAAAGGGCAAUCAAUUUAAUAAUGAUUUGAAUAAAGACGUAGAAGAGUCUUUUAUUAGUUCAGUUCCUUUACAACAUUACGAGUUGCCAGACACUGGGAGAAAUGGAGAUAGCGCCCGUAGUGGUGGUGGUGUUUUAGGUCUAGUAAAGGAAUAUUACAGGAAAUCAGAUAUCGGUAGAUGA